AUGCUCCCUCGAGCAGCACGGAAACGCGUCUCUCAUCUACAUCCACACCUCCCUCCAUCUACCUCGCUAAUCCCACUCCUCAACGGGAUAAACUUACACACCUUCAAAUGCCCUCAUAACCACCGUCGUACCUUCAGCUCGACAUCGACAUCGAAUACAUCGAGCCGAAGGAGUCUCAAGCCGUAUUACACAUCCGACAAUGACAAUCCACGAACACGAGAAACGGAAUACGAAGUAGAUGAUGAUCUCUUAUUUCCAACUGGGUAUGACGAAGCAUCAGCAGCGGUGAAGCACAACCCUCAACCAUCAAACGACGACAACGGCGACGAUAAACCAGCGCUCGUCGGCGUCCUCUCCAACCUCCUCCGCACCCUCCCACCCUCCGCAAUCGCUCGCUCUCCUCCUCCCCCUUCCUCUUACACUCCCUCUCCGUCUUCAUCCCCUUCUGCCCCUAAAAGCACCGCACUGUACAACCCAAUCUGGAACGCCCCCUUCCCACCCACACCCCCCUCCAUCCCCUCCACCCUCUCCUUCCUCACCCACCUCCGCUCCACGUCCUUCACCGCCCUGAACUCCACCUCCUCCACCGCCCCCAACUCCACCUCCUUCCCCUCCACCCUGUCCGACACCGCUUACAAAGACUGGCAAUCCUACUUCCACACCGAACGGCACAUCGACGGUUUUCAAGGCCGCACGGCCCGUUCGCGCGCGCUCGUGUUUUAUUAUAAUAUUCCGCCGGAGGCGGAGUGGAGAGAGGUUGGGAGGGCGCUGGGGAGGUGGGGGUGUGUGACGAGGGUUUGGGGGGUUGUUAAGAGGAGGCCGCAUCCGGGGCAUCGCCAGAGACAAGGACAAGGACGAGGACAAGGAUGGGAAUGGGAGGAGGAGGAGGGAAGGAAGGAGGGGGAGAAGGAGGGAGGGAAGGAGAGGGUGGGGGAGAGGGAGAAUGAUCAUGUGAAGGUGUUCGUCGAGUUUGCGAGCGCGGAGGAUACGAGGGCGGUUUUGACGCGAUGUAUGGGGCAUGGGUUUGGGUGGAGGAUGGUUAGUGGGAAGAGACAUUAUAAACAUUUGGAUGGGAAGGUGCCGGUUAUGCUGUGGGAUUAUGCGGAGGAGAAUAGCGUUAGGGAGCAAUUUGAGUUUGAGAGGGAGAUGAGGCAGGGUGAGGGAGAGGAGGGGAAGAGGAAGGAGAAGAAGAGGAGGAAAGUGCCGUUUACUUGGAUUUAUGUGCAUAGAUGGAGAGGAACGAAGGGGAGGUUGGAAGAGGUAUUUAGAGGUGCUAAAGGCUUCGAGAGGGUCGUAGUCGAGGAUCAAAUCAAAUCAAAACCCUGGCGCGCCGCCUACAUAAAAUUCGCCCGUCCGCUCCACGCUCAAAUAGCCCUCCAAACCUUCCAAGGCCAUCUCGUCGACCUUUCCUCCCCUUCACCCUCUUCAUUGACCUACGUCCAACACCAAAACGAAUCUCAAGACCCAUACACCCUGAUUCUCUCCCCUGACCUCCCGCCUUACUUCCUCGACCAACAAAGGGACGAGGAGAUGCGGGUGUGUUUGGGGAAGGGGAAGGGGAAGAGGGGUGGGAAUGGGAAGAGGGAGGAGGGGCCGAGGGCGUGGUGGGAUUUUGGGAGUGUGGAAGAUCGGCAGCACGUGGGGAAGGAGGGGAUGGAGGGAUGGAGGGAUAUAAAUGGGUAUGGGGGGAAGGAGGAGGAGGAGGAGAAAGAGGUCAGGUAUCAGUUUGUGUUGAAGCCGAUAGUCAUGGGAUAGGUCGGGAUAUGAGUUCGGGGGAAGCUGAGUGGGUAGAUGUUGAGCAGGUCGGGACCAGCCUCAACUCCCCUCCCAUCUGAAGAUCUGAAACCCUCCUCGCUUUCCGGCGUUUACACACAGAGGACAUGUCGACGAAGGAGGACGAAGGGCGUAUACGCAUACAUACCCACGUGCACGAAGAGUUCUUCCGACUUUCUUCGCUUUCGCUGCUCUUUCGACUGGAAUGGUGUCCCAUCGCACCGCGCCAUCGCCCGCUCUCGUUGUCCGCUUGCCUAUUGAAACGGAAGAAGUGAGACUCCAUCUACACGUGCCACACAUAUCCUCUUUUCCCCUCUAAGCAGCGGCAGCGAUACCUAAUCCUGCCUGACCGCUGAGCGUGUAUAAAGUGGUCAUGGGGAGAGGAUAGGGUCGGUAGAAUAUACGAUGGAUGAGGUUGGCCGCAACUAGCAUCGCUGGUACUAUGGAGGGAGGAGGAGGAGGGGGUAGUGAUUUAUAUAUCGUAGGAGAACGUAGCGUUUUACGCCUGAUAGAUUCUAUGUCAUGUAUACAUACCUGUAUACCUUGGAGAGGUAUCAAG